AUAAAUGAAAUGGUAGAAUUCGUUGUCUACGAUCAUUACUAUUAUGAUUAUUCUUGUAAGAGGCUCGAUCCAAUAAUAUUAUUAAGAGCAGGUUCUACUCCUGUCCACGUAAAUGCGUUCCUGAAACGAUCUUCGAAAUUUGAAUGA